GUAAGAUCAACCGACUUCCGGCCAGGCCGUUGUCUGGGUGGCGCGGUCGAGUCAUCGUUGGGCCUCGCCGCUUCGAUCUCCUAUCCCUUCCCCCCCACCCCCCGCCCCAGCGCGGGGGGUCGACCAGUCAAGUGGCGCGGGAGGCGUCUCGGAUCUUCCCCUUCAUUUCGCUGUGGCCAGCUCCCUAGCUCCCCGCGCUGGGGGUCUGGGGUCCUUGGGGGCCCGCGAGGCCCGGUCUGAGGGGCCGGGGCCUACGUGGGCCCGCCGCUGGGCCCCAUGAGGCAUAGCCUGACCAAACUGCUGGCGGCCUCAGGCAGCGACUCCCCAACCCGCAGCGAGAGUCCGGCGCCGGCCGCGACCUGCUUGCUGCCCCCGGACCUGACCCGGGCGGCGGCGGCAUCAGCGGCGGAGGAAGAGGCGGCGGCGGCCGGAUCUCCCGGCCGCAAGCAGCCGCGCGGCGACGAGGGCGAGUUGGAGGCCGGGAGGGGGGGCCGCGGCGGCGUGGCCGUGCGCGCGCCCUCGCCCGAGGAGAUGGAGGAGGAGGCGAUCGCCAGCGUCCCCGGGGAGGAGACGGAGGACAUGGACUUUCUGUCCGGGCUGGAACUGGCAGAUCUUUUGGACCCCCGGCAACCGGACUGGCACCUGGAGCCCGGACUCAGCUCGCCCGGGCCUCUCUCGUCGUCCGGCGGAGGCUCGGAUAGCGGCGGCCUGUGGAGAGGGGACGACGACGACGAGGCCGCGGCUGCCGAGAUGCAGCGCUUUUCUGACCUGCUGCAGAGGCUCUUAAACGGCAUCGGAGGCUGCAGCAGCGGCAGUGACAGUGGCAGCGGCGAAAAGAGGCGGAGAAAGUCCCCAGGAGGAGGCGCGGGCAGCAGCGGCAACGACAACAACCAGGCGGCGACAAAGAGUCCCCGGAAGGCGGCGGCGGCUGCUGCCCGUCUCAAUCGGCUGAAGAAGAAGGAGUACGUGAUGGGGCUGGAAAGUCGAGUCCGGGGUCUGGCAGCCGAGAACCAGGAGCUGCGGGCCGAGAAUCGGGAGCUGGGCAAGCGCGUGCAGGCACUGCAGGAGGAGAGUCGAUACCUACGGGCCGUCUUAGCCAACGAGACCGGACUGGCUCGCUUGCUGAGCCGGCUGAGCGGCGUGGGACUGCGGCUGACCACCUCGCUCUUCAGAGACUCGCCCGCCGGUGACCAUGACUACGCUCUGCCCGUGGGAAAGCAGCAGCAGGACCUACUGGAAGAGGACGACUCGGCGGGAGGAGUGUGUCUUCAUGUGGACAAGGAUAAGGUGUCGGUGGAGUUCUGCUCGGCGUGCGCCCGGAAGGCGUCGUCUUCUCUUAAAAUGUAGGGUCAAGUAAUCUGCUCUUUAUCCGCGUUUACCCCUUUCAACUCCCUUACACCAUGUAAAACACCUUAGUGGGACAUCUUCACUGGACACAUUUCAGAGGAGGAAAACAGUAAUAUUGAAUCUUUAAGUGUUUAGCUAAAAGCAUGAAUGUGACACUGUAACCAACUCCUAAUGAUAACAUGUGACUAUUAAAUCUCUCUGACAGUUUCUUUUUUAGGUGAUUUCCUUCCUGCCAGGCUCCGUUGUAGGGGUUACAGAACAGUCGUUCCCGCCUCACAACCUGACUUGCGUGUACCUAGCUCUUCUGUCCCCAGUGUGGACAUGGCCUUGGAUGACAUCGGUUCCAACUGUACACUGAAAGCUGCUAAUAGAGAUACAGUUUGGAGACAGUGAAACAGGUGAAGUUGAAUGGAAGUUCCGAGUUGUACAAGGUGCAAAUUGGAAUUCCAAUGUUAGAGCAACUUUUUAGAGGCUGACAAUAAGUAUUUGGGGCUUGCACAAAUGUGAUAGUUAUUAUGCUGGAGAUGACAGAAAUGUCUUAAAUAUUUGGGAAUGCCAUUUAGUUUUCAGAAGGAGAUGUAGAAAUACAAAGUAUUCAGAGUAAAAGAUUUUAAUAUCUCACCAUUAGAGAGGUUGGAAAUUAACAUGCAUAUCUGUGUUAUUGAAGGAGGAGUAAUAAUGGUUAAUGAAAUGUUUCUUUGAGGACCAGCACAGUGAUUACCUUAUCACUGAGUAUAAAUAAAUUGUUAAACACUUUUACUUUUGUUGUAUUAAAAUUUUAGGUUAAAUUUAUGUAUGAUUAGAUAUUGAAGGUUGUGAAAUGUGAAUGAAAACGUGUAAAGUGAGGCUUCACAAAGAAUCUUACUCUCCUUAUUUCAAAGGUUUUUGUCCUAUUUAAAAAUAAUUUUUAAAGUUGAGUGGUUCUGGCUACUCAAGAACACGAUUGACACUUUUUCCAAAGAUGGGACAUAUUCUUCCCUUGAAGUACUGUAUUAUCCAUUGUCUGAUUGUAUAGAUUCAGUUACUGUGUCCUUCAGUGUAAGAGGCAUUAAGAAAUUCUUUGUGAAACAUCACUGUUUGAUAAAGUAUAUACAUAUUUAGCAUCCUUGUUUUUCUUUGUGCUAAAGUGGAUACAGCUGUUGGGGCAGAAGAGACGGGACCAGCUGCUGGCCACAUUUCCUGCUUUAUUUUAAAAGGUAGUAUAAGAAAUGAGGAAAAAGAGGUAAUAUCAGGGCUUCUGCUGUCUUUUAUUUUAAAAUGUUCAUAAUUAAAAAGUAUUUUCCAGCAGUCCAAAGAUGUAAGUUAUCUUACACAUAAAAUGUUUUGUUGUUAUUUGGUUAUAAAAAUGGAAUCCUUGUUCUUGCACAACUGUAAAUGUUUUGUUGCUAGAUAACACAAUUUGAGACCUAACUUGGUCUCUGGUUUCCAGUGCAUUACAGCAUAUUUUGUAAAAUCAUCUACUGCACUUGAGCAUGAAUGGGUAAUAGCCAAACUCACAACCUGGAGUGAUGAACCUGCUUAUACCUAAGUGCAGGAGCAAGCCCCUCACAAUGCAGCUGCAUGGAUUUUUAGUGCCUACUGAAUUUUAUAUAUAUAUAUAUAUAUAUAUAUAUAUAUACACACACACCAAAAGUAGUUGGAAAAAUUAUUUGAAAUGACUAAUUUGUGCUAUCUCUAUGGAAUAUGUUAAAUGUAGCUUUUUGAAACAGAAGCCUUGAAUUGAAAUUUAAUUAAUACUUGAACAUUUUGUAUAUAUUUCUUUGUAUAUAAUUUUGUGCAGUACCAAUGACAAAAAUAUGGUGUCAUAAUAAAACCAGGUUUGUUGAUCUUUCA